CUCGUUUUUUUCCGGAAGUUACGGAGAUGCCCGAAUGAUUUUCACGUGUACUGAUCAAAACAUUGACCAAAACAUUUCUUUGUAAACAAUAAGUAGUAAAUCAACGCAUUAACUGAAUAUGGCUCGAAAGAAAAAGGGAAAGAAAAAGAAGAGUUGUCCAACUGACAUCAAUGAAGACCAGUAUAAGGCAGCACCCCACUCGUUUGUAUUUCACCGAGGCCAUGUGGGCAGGAAUGUCAGGCAACUAGUUGCUGACACUCGCACUGUCAUGGAACCUUUUACUGCCAAAAAUCUCCAGGUGAGGAAGAAGAAUGUCCUCAAAGAUUUUGUGAGUGUGGCUGGGAUGCUUCACGUUUCUCACUUCAUCAUGUACACAAAAACAGAGAUGGGCGUGUAUGUGCGUAUGUGCCGUCUCCCUCGGGGACCCACUCUCACCUUCAAGGCGCAUGACUACUGCCUCACUAAGGAUGUGAUCUCAUCACUACGGAAACCUAACCUAGAACAGAUGCAGUUUUUGAAUCACCCGCUGGUUGUGCUGAACAACUUCACAGGAGCAGAAAACCACAUCAAACUCAUGGCUUCCAUGUUUCAGAAUCUUUUUCCCUCCAUCAAUAUUCACAAGGUGAACCUGAAUGAUGUUAAGCGCUGUGUGAUGUUCAACUAUGAACCAGAGUCUGGUAUGAUCGACUUCAGGCACUACAACAUCCGUGUGGUUCCAGUGGGUAUGAGCCGAGGUGUGAAGAAGCUCAUCCAGGCCAAAGUUCCCAACCUCGCCAAGUAUGGCGACAUCAGUGAAUACAUGACCAGAGCUGGGUAUUCAUCAGAGAGUGAGGUAGAGUUGGACGGGCCAAUGAAUGAGGUGGUACUUCCCCAGAACAUCAAAAGUCGGGGAAACAUCAAGUCCGCCAAGAGUGCAGUCAGACUAACAGAACUGGGUCCCAGGCUAUCCCUACAGCUGGUGAAGAUAGAGGAAGGUAUUUGCAAUGGACAGGUCAUGUUCCACUCCUUUCUCACAAAAACCGACGUAGAACUCGCGCAGAUUAAAGCACAAAAGGAAAAGAAACAGAAGCAGAAGGAGGCUCGGCGUCGGCAACAGGAAGUAAAUGUAGCCCGUAAACAAACCGAAAGGGAGGAUAACAAGCAGCGCUCUCUCGAGGGAAUACGACGCAAACUUGAGGAGGAGGGGGAGGCUGGCAUCGAACAGCCGGAAACUAAAGCUCCUAUGGAUGAUGAUGAUGAUGUGGAGUACUACAAGGCAGCAGUUGGACAUCUUCCAGAUGAAGACACAUUUGUCCCGGGAGGAGCUAAAAGAAAGAAGCAGCAAAGUUUAGACAGAAAUGUGAAACUGACAAAAUUUGACAAGAAACCAAAAACAGAUAAACUGGAACAAGGGAAGAAACCUAAACCUGACAAGUUUGGAAAGGCAAAUAUAACUAGUAAACAAGAACAGGGGGGUAAAAAGUUCAAUAAAAAGGCAAGUGAUAGGAAGGAACAGACUGGUAAAGGCAAAGGUGAUGGAAGCCAGUCAAAACGUGCAGAAAUGACGCCUCUGCAGAGAAUGGAGGAACGCAAGAAGAAAAAGAAGAAAUUGAAGGAGAAGAAAAUGACUAAGAAGCUCAAGGGAAGCAAGAAGAAAGUGAAAUAGGAGUGUUAUUUGUGUCUGUUGCAGCUUUUAUUUAACAUGUUCAUGAAACUUGUUGUAAUUAAAUAAAUGAAUUGGA